AUGGAUUCCGACCUCACCCUGCAGCGCGCCACCCUGCUCCUCCUCUCCGCCUCCCUCCCGAUCGCCUUCCUCUGGUUCAACGCCCGCACCAUCCUCCUCCGAUGCGGGCAGGACGUGGAGAUUGCGAUGGCAGCGCAGGUGUUCGUCGCGGCAGCCUCACCGGAUCUCCUCCUCCUGUCCUUACUACACCCGCUCCGCGUCUUCCUCCGCUCCCAGAACAUCACCCUCCCAGUCACCUACUGCUCCUCCUUCUGCGUCGCGCUCCAUGGCCUGCUCACGUACCUUCUCGCCGUUCGCCUCCGCCUCGGCAUAGCUGGCGUGGCAGCAGCCAUGGUGUGGACCAACCUCAACCUCCUUGUUUGCCUCCUCCUCUUCCUCCUCCUCUCUGGCACAUGCCGCGAUACGUGUCCCAGCGGUGGAGGCAGCUUCCUCUCCGGCGAAUGCUUCCACGGGUGGCCAACACUGCUUCGCCUUGCGGCACCAUCUUGCGUCUCCGUCUGCCUAGAAUGGUGGUGGUGGGCAGGCGACCGGAUUCCGGCACAGUCGCAUCCGGAUUCCGGCCGUGAUCACGCCGGCAGUGGGCAAAUGGCCGGCAGCAGGGCGGGUGGCGGGCACGCGACGAGGUACGGGAAUGUCGAGUGUCAGGAUUUGCCUGGCGGUGAAUGA